AUGAACCUGAAGAUUGUCAUCAAGAAUGUCAAGAAGGCAGCCACCGUGGUCAACGGGUCGACGAUCAAGAAGAACAAUGUCGUGCCCUCAUCAAUUCAGGAAUCAAAACGUAGUUUAGACUUGUCCCAAAUCAUGACCAUGCCCAAAAAACAAGUAAACUUGAUACUGCCGAAGUUACCACCAAAGAAACGAUGGUUUGUGGUAUAUCGACGAAUGUUAACAAAGACCAAGCCUGCAGCUACAAAAAUCACUACGGACAUUCCUUUUUCUAAAAGGAAAUACGAUUCUGAAGAUCAUUAUAAUCAGGAUGAUAAAGCUAGGGUUCCCAAGUUUAAACGUUCGAAGAAGGGCGUACCUCCUAGUACAAAUACUGGUCCUGAGUUGCCUGAAGAUUACAAGCAAAUCAUUCUCGGCAGAUUGAAGGGGAAGCAAUUGACUUUGUUGAUAGAGAAGAGUUUGAAUGCUAGGGAUGUGAAGUGUGACAAGAGCAUAUUGACCUUGCCAUCAUAUGAAACCCUAUCUAAGAAUUUCUUGGAACCUAAUGAGAUUGGAAACCUUGAGAGGCAUAAAACCCUAAAGCUUCCAUUGAUAGACCCGAAAUGCUUGGAGUGGUGGAAGAUGUCGAAAGAGGAACUUUAUGUGCCGAAAACCAACUGGAAUGAGAUUGUAGAGCAGAAUGGUAUCGUUAUAGGAGAUAAAGUUCAAGUUUGGUCAUUCCGGGCUAAUAAGGAUGGGACCGAGGAUCAGCUUCACUUGGCUCUUGUUUUGGUUAAGAGAGGUGAAAAUCAAAUUGGUGAUGGUAAAAAGAGUGGCCAAGAAAAUGACAGUAAUAGUGAAGGAAGUACUGUGAGCAAUCUGUGA